GUCCUAUACGCUUAUGUUUACAUCCCACUUUUGCGAUUAUUGCAUGCGGUUUCGGGGGCAGUUUUUCGCCGUGCGCGAAUAGACGCAUUUUUUGUAUUUGUAACUCAAGGAUUUAUUUGGUUGUAUUUUAAUUUUGGCAAAUUUGAAGCGCGGUUAGGUCGGAUUACUUUAUUCGUGGUGCGUGCUGACCGACGUAUAAUAAAACAGGAAUUUUAAAAGGACGACGACGGCGAGAUAAAACAGAUAAUGUAUGUCGUUGAUUAGAGUUUGCGCAGAUAUUGACUCGGUGAACAUGCCGUUAGUGGCGCGCUCCGCAGUCUAGCAGGAGUUGCUGUCCCGCAUUAUUCUGUGCUCAGCUGUGUUGUGUGUACACAAAGUAGUGACGCAGUGCGAGUGUCUUCGAAAAUCUGCCAAACUGUGGUGCACGAUGGAACCGCCAGGCGGGAGGGACUCCCGAUUCAACCUGGGCUACAGCAUGAACCUUUUAAGUGGAGAAACACCGCCCGAAAUAUAUGGAAAUCCUAACCUGGGGCGGCCUUCGAGUAGCCUGCAGCAGUUGUCACCGCGGCACACGAUGGUUUCGAGUGCCUGUGGUACGCAGAGCAUUAAAAGAGACGUAUGUUACGACGAACGUGGCAUGACAACGCAAGGGUUAGGAUUAGAUUCGUGUGGGGUGAACGAAGUGUCAGAUGAUACCUAUAGCUCCAUACAAACUAAAAAGUCACCACCUAGUAAUGGCAAGAAAACCAAAGGUCGGGUUAAAAUUAAAAUGGAAUAUAUAGAAAAUAAAUUGCGGCGAUACACAACCUUCUCGAAGAGGAAGACUGGUAUAAUGAAAAAGGCGUACGAGUUAUCGACACUAACCGGAACACAAGUUAUGCUUCUGGUAGCGUCAGAGACGGGGCAUGUGUAUACGUUUGCGACCCGUAAACUUCAACCCAUGAUAACUAGCGAGGCUGGAAAAGCGCUAAUACAAACUUGUUUAAAUUCACCAGACCCGCCGGCCGGUUCUUCCGCUGGCGACCAACGAAUGUCGGCCACGGGCUUUGAAGAAACCGAGCUCACCUACAAUAUCAGUGACGAGGAUUCGAAAGAGGAAAAUAACAUGUCUCAAGAGGAAUCAAGCGAUAGUAGUGAAGAUGAACUUCCUGAUCUAGGAUCAGAAUCAAAAUUUGUACCUCCAUCAACCACUCAAACGUACCCGCCCAAGAGCCCAACAUCCCCUCGUCCGUUACACCAGCAAGACACUUCGAAAUCGUUACCACAAUCAGUCACAUCGUCAUCUACCCUAACUACGAGCACCAAUAAAUCAUCAACCCAGCAGCCUGCGAGUACAGUUCAACCGCCCCCAAUAUUGUCCGCACCCUUAGUAUACCAAACACCACAAGGUAUGAUGUACGCAACACCUUCAAAUGGAGGAGUUAUAUUCAGUUUAGCGCAAGGUGACGGUAAUUCAGGACAACCGCCUCAUUUUAUUACUAUACCAUUAUCAGCAGUCAUGUCUGCUAACGGUCAAGGAGAAUUAGAUUUGUCAAAACGGAAGUGACUAUUGCUAAAAGUUCGGCACGUUUAUUUAUUUCCGUUCGUUAUCUUACGUACGUGUAUUUUAUUUGUUAUGUACUUCAUUUCCGCGUCUUUAUUACUUGAUAAAGGAGGACGACACAGGCCGUUCGUUUGCUUCCGAAUUUAAGAAUGCGUGUGGUGCCGCUGUGUUGUAUUUUUUUAAUGAUAUGAUAUUCGAAAAGGUCGCUCAAAUUAGUAUUUCUAUGUGAAUUAGGUAUAAAUUGUAAUUUAUAAUCGACAAGUUGUAAUUGCGAACACGUUUGUUUAUAUUGUAUCAGAUUCCUGAAAGGUGGACAAUAAUAUAAAAUUGAAAAUUUA